AUGUGGGUCCUCCUGCGAGGCGGAUACCCUCUCCGGACCCUACUGCCUCUGCGUGGGGAAUGGAUGGGUCGGAGGGGCCUGCCCCGAAGCUUGAUCCCAGGACCUCCUCGCAGACGGUACAGGAAGGAGGCUCUUCCAGCCUUAGAUGUACCAGUGUUGCCUGUAACUGCAACUGAAAUCCGCCAGUAUUUGCGGACACAUGGGAUCCCCUUCCAGGAUGGCCACAGCUGCCUUCGGGCACCAAGCCCUUUUGCAGGGGCCUCACAGCCCAAGGACCAUACUGGUGUUACCACUUCCUUCAGCCUCUUCAUUGACAAGACCACAGGCCACUUUCUCUGCAUGGCCAGCCUAGCUGAGGGGAGCUGGGAAGACUUCCAAGCCAGCGUGGAGGGGCGAGGGGAUGCAACUAAGGAAGGGAUCCUGCUUAGUGAGGCUCCAGAAGCUACAAACAGUGAGGAGGUCCGGAGGAUCUGGGACCGAGCAAUACCUCUCUGGGAGCUGCCUGACCCAAAGGAGGCCCAGCUGGCGCGUGUGAUAUUUGGCCUUACCAAGGUGACAGAUGACACGCUCAAACGUUUCAGUGUGCGGUAUCUACGGCCUGCUCGCAGUCUUGUCUUUCCUUGGUUCUCCCCUGGAGGCUUGGGAUUACGAGGCCUAAAGCUAGUAGGGGCUGAAGGCCAGGGGGAUGGCGUGCACUAUGUGGAGACCACCAUUCCCCGGCCUGCUGACUACCACAACCUGUUCGGAUUACCACUGAUCAGUCGCCGAGAUGUUGAGAUGGUACUGACUAGUCGUGAGCUGGACAGCCUGGCUUUGAACCAGUCCACGGGGCUGCCCACCCUUGCCCUACCCCGGGGAACAGCCUGCUUACCCCCUGCCUUACUCCCUUACCUCGAACAGUUCAGACGUAUCGUGCUUUGGCUGGGGGAUGACCUUCGGUCCUGGGAAGCUGCCAAGUUGUUUGCCCGAAAACUGAACCCCAAACGAUGUUCUUUGGUGCGGCCUGGGGACAAGCAGCCCCGUCCUCUGGAGGCCCUGAAGCAGGGCUUAAGUCUUUCUCGUAUUCUUCGUACUGCCCUGCCUGCCUGGCACAAGUCUAUUGUGUCUUUCCGGCAGCUACGGGAGGAGGUGCUGGGAGAACUGUCAAAUGUGGAGCAAGCAGCUGGUGUCCGCUGGAGCCGCUUCCCAGACCUCAAUCGUCUAUUAAAGGGACAUCGGAAGGGCGAACUGACAGUCUUCACAGGGCCAACAGGCAGUGGAAAGACAACAUUCAUCAGUGAAUACGCCCUGGAUUUGUGUACCCAGGGGGUGAACACACUAUGGGGUAGCUUUGAGAUCAGCAACGUGAGACUGGCCCGAGUCAUGCUGACACAGUUUGCUCUGGGACGGCUGGAAGAGCAACUGGACAAAUACGACGAAUGGGCUGACCGUUUUGAGGACCUGCCCCUCUAUUUCAUGACUUUCCAUGGGCAACAAAGCAUCAGGACUGUGAUAGAUACGAUGCAACAUGCAGUCUAUGUCUAUGACAUUUGUCACGUGGUUAUCGACAAUCUGCAGUUCAUGAUGGGUCAUGAGCAGCUGUCUACAGACAGGAUUGCAGCUCAAGACUACAUUGUUGGGGCCUUCCGGAAGUUUGCUACAGAUAAUAGCUGCCAUGUGACACUGGUCAUUCACCCCCGGAAGGAAGACGAUGACAAGGAACUGCAGACAGCAUCCAUUUUUGGCUCAGCCAAAGCCAGCCAGGAAGCCGACAAUGUUCUGAUCCUACAGGACAGGAAGCUGGUAACUGGGCCAGGGAAACGCUAUCUGCAGGUGUCCAAAAACCGCUUUGAUGGAGAUGUGGGUGUCUUCCCACUCGAGUUCAACAAGAGCUCCCUCACCUUUUCCAUCCCACCGAAGAGCAAGUCCCGACUCAAAAAGAUCAAAGAUGAUAAUGGACUAGUGGCCAAAAAGCCCUCUUCUGGCAAAAAGGGAGCUGCGCCCCAGAACUCUGAGACGUGCCCAGGCCAGGCGCCCAAUCCCUAG